UGCACAGUAGCUGUUGUUGGCAGUUAGACUGCAACUAUCACAGACACCUUCUCUUUCUCUCUCUCUAAACAAAUCAACUAACGGAGAAUAAUAACAGAACCUCCCUAACGGUUACAUUUCACCUCUCUCUCUCUCUCUCUCUCUCUCUCUCUCUCUCUGCUUUUCGCAAGCACAAGAAAACAGAGACUCGAAAAAGCUAUAGUCACACACCUUCCUCUAAAAAACAUGAACCAAAUUAGACCCAUCUCUCUCCCUUUAAUCUCGGACCAUUUUGGCACCAGACAUCCUGCGCAAAUCUCGCUGGCAACUUACGACAAACACUCAUAACUCGUUGCCCAAAAAAGGGGCAAGAAAAAUCUCUGUUUUUUCCCCCCUGUUUUCUUCUUUUCUUUUGAGUCUUAACGUAUCGUCAAAAUUGAUGUAAUGUUAUAGUGAUAAACCAAAAGUAGACCCAGCCCCAAUCUGGGUCGGAUCCUAGAUUAGGGUUAAUGGGUUGCGUUAGCUCCAAACGGACAUUGUCGGUGGCCGAUGCCUCCCCUGUUUUAGACUAUUCCUAUGCACCACCUCCAUUGGCUGGUAAUGGCCAUAGCUCGGUGGGUUCGUCAAAAUGCCCAUCUGGGUAUUUAAAUUUUGAGCAGAAACACAAAAAGGAUAAAAAAGAUGGAAGUAGACGCAAAAAGAGUAGUUAUGACAUUGAUAACAAUAAUGAGGAGGAGGUUAAGGAGGAUCGAAAUACCAAUCUGCAUGGCAAAAAAGUCAAGAGAAGGAGCUCUAGCGGAAAGAGUGGACCCAUUAAUCUCAAAUUGGGAUUCUCCCAUAGGCACGUUGGGGCUGAGCAGAUCGCUGCUGGGUGGCCCAGCUGGCUCAGUUCUGCAGCCGAAGAAGCCAUUCAUGGUUGGUUGCCUCUACGAGCUGAUGCAUUUGAGAAAUUAGAGAAGAUCGGACAAGGCACCUAUAGCAGUGUGUUCCGAGCACGUGAGGUCGAGACUGGAAGGAUGGUUGCACUGAAGAAAGUGCGCUUUGACAAUUUUCAGCCAGAAAGCAUUAGGUUUAUGGCACGCGAAAUACUGAUUCUCCGCAGGCUUGACCAUCCAAACAUCAUAAAGUUGGAGGGAAUAAUUACUUCCCGAUUGUCAAGUAGCAUAUACCUUGUGUUUGAAUACAUGGAGCAUGAUCUUGCUGGACUAUCAUCUUCUCCAGACAUCAAGUUCAGUGACUCACAGGUCAAGUGCUACAUGAAGCAACUUUUACAAGGGAUUGAGCACUGCCAUUUACGAGGUAUAAUGCAUCGUGAUAUUAAGGUGUCCAACAUUUUGGUCAACAAUGAAGGAAUUCUAAAAUUAGGAGAUUUUGGAUUGGCAAAUGUCCUUAAUUCAAAGAACAAGAAUCUGCUAACCAGUCGAGUGGUGACUUUAUGGUAUCGCCCUCCUGAACUCUUGUUGGGCUCAACAAGUUAUGGAGUUUCAGUGGAUCUGUGGAGUGUGGGCUGUGUAUUUGCAGAACUUCUCAUUGGAAAACCUCUCCUUAAAGGGAGAACUGAGGUUGAACAAUUACACAAAAUUUUCAAGCUUUGUGGUUCUCCUUCUGAUGAGUAUUGGAAACAGUCUAAGCUUCCUAAUGCUACCAUGUUCAAAGCCCACCAUGUUCAUGAAAGUUCGCUUCGAGAGAGGUGUAAAGAUUGUCCAACAACUGCUGUGGACUUGAUAGAAACUUUUCUUUCCAUAGAACCAGAAAAGCGUGGGACUGCCUCCUCUGCCCUUUUGUCUCAGUACUUCAACACAAUGCCAUACGCAUGUGACCCAUCAAGCUUGCCAAAGUAUACACCAAACAAAGAAAUGGAUGCUAAAUAUCGAGAAGAAGCAAGGAGGAAAACUGCUGGUUCUAGAACAAGAGAUAGAGAUAGAGGAGCACCAAGAAAACCAAGAAAAGCUAAUAGAACAUUGCAAGAACGCAACAGUAACAACAAAUUUGCACCAAAAGAGGAAGUGAAAGAGAAUACUCAAUUUGUUCGUAAGAUCAAUGACAGUAAUGCUCAAAUGGACAAGGGAAGAGAAGUUGUGAACAGAGAACUGAAUUCUACAUUUGACACAACCUCAGAGACUUCCCAAGCAACAAAAGGGGACUAUGUUUUCUCAGGUCCAGCACCAGUCAUAGCAUCAAGUGGAUUUGCGUGGGCAAAAAGGCGGAAAGAAGAUGUUACAUCAACAUUAUCUUAUAAUCAAGAUAUCUCAAUGAGUGAAAUUAGUGCAUUAUAUUCAUCAAGUUUCAACUUUGCAAACAGUUCCUUUAACUUGGCGAAAGAAGAAGAUGAAAGACAUGACUCUCAAGAGGCUACAGCCAAGCACGUGAUGCAGAAGCAGCGACGCCGUUUUGGUUCGUCAGAUUCUUUUGAUGCAUCCAAUUUAUACCAUUUUAAUGAUUCAAAGGCAACUGAUGAAGCAGAUGCUCUGACGAGUUAUCCAGUAAGGAAUUACUUGAAACGAAGAGAGAAUAUUGAAUUUUCUGGACCAUUGUUGUCCCAAUCAAAUAAAAUUGAUGAGCUCUUGCAAAGGAAUGAAAGUCAGAUACGCCAAGCAGCUCGCAGAUCAAGGUUGGAUAGAGAAAUGUGAGGCAUGGAUUCUGGUAUUUGAAAACCUUUCAGAAACAACUUGCAAGCUAACUCCCAGUCCUUGGAGAAUGGAAAGCAAAGAGCUUUAAACAACUGCUUCUUGCUGAGAUAUUGGAGUUAUGUUUUCAUAACCAUUGUAUUAGUUAGGAACCAAAAUUUUUAAAUUUGUAUUGUAUAAUGGGACUGAAAAGUGAUCACAUAGGAUGAAAUCAAAAUCAAGUAUAAGAAAGAGUGGUGCCAAUGUCAAGCCCCACCAAAAUCCAAAAAGGGCAAAAAAAAAAAAAAAAAAAAAAAAAAAAGGUUAUUCCUUCCUUGUAGUUGGCCUUCCUCUUUUUAUGCACAUUCUAGCAAUGAAGCAUGAAGGUGGCAAAUAAUUAUUUGUAAAUCCUAACAGUGAUUUAAUUUUUGAGUUAAUUAUAGAAAAAAAGUAUAAAAUUUGAAUCAAAA